ACCGGUUGGGGGUCGCGGCAUUAAAAAGGUUGAGAACCACUGCUGUAACUUUAUUCAGCCACUCCAUCUCGCCUGGAGGGAAUGUUGAGCCCAUUAGCCACUCCGUAGGCAGGGAAGGAACCAUCUUAAUAAGUGGCGCUCAAGAAGGCUUUAAAAUCUUUUCUGAAUCUGGAAUAUCAGGGCUAAAUAAUGGCCAGUGGUUAUUUUCCCUAAGGCCAACUUGAUCAUGUUUUUUAAAGGACCAACAUGCAGUCACAACAGCUUUUCCAAAAGAGGUUUCUUCCAGAGGCCUUGGUUUACAGAGGGCACCAGGCAGGGAUGGGGAUGAUAGUUUAAUUCAGAACGUGGCUUGUUUAGGAAGAUCUGCUCCUUAGGUCGGCUGGUCACAUGGAUUGGAAUUGUCAUCGUGAGACAGAUGAGAACCUGCUGGGAUGUUUUUGUGAUGAUAUACUCACUUUGGAACCUUGCCUGAAGCUAGUAGAGUUUUGUUUCUCGUCUCUAAGAAUGAAUGAAUGUGUGUGUGUGUGUGUAACGUGUAUUUGCUUGCCUCUUUAUCUGUGCAUACACAAAUACUCACAGAUAAGUAUUAUUCCAGUCUUUGAAUAUUUAAAUUAUUUCCAAUUUCACAGUAGGGCAGUCUUUUUUUUUUUUCUUUUUAUAAAGCUAACACACGCUGUUCAAAAAGGCUGCAAGGAUCAAAAAUAUUUGAUAAAUGCCCGAUUGGGCUCUCAUUUUGCAUCUUCUGCUCCAGAGAAAAAAGGGGGUGUUGUUAUGUAUGUUAAGAACAACGUGUCAGCUAAAUUAAUAGACUCAGAUUCUCAAGGAAGAUAUGUUAUGAUUGAAGUAAUGUUAUAUGGAAAGAAAUUGCUUGUAGUGGGUUUGUAUGCCCCUAAUCAUCAACAAAAACAGUUUUAUAAGUUUUUAUAUCAAAAAUUGAUCUUAUUGGAUUAUUGGAUUGGACAGAACUUACUUCUGAUCUCUCCCAUUUCUAUAUGUUUGGUUCUAUCUGGGGGGGGGGGAAGACCUUGUAACGUGAACUUCUAACUAAGAUGGUCAGAAAAAGAAGAAGUCUUCUCUGCAAAGAAAGAAGGAGGUCUUCUCCUCUGCAGAAACUGACCAAGUCUUCUUUGCAGAAAAAGAAUAACAGAAUCACACAGUUGGAAGGGACCUUGGAGGUCUUCUAGUCCAACCCCUUGCUCAAGCAGGAGACUUUUAUGCCAGGGGUCUUCUCUGCAGAAAGUGACCAAGUCUUCUCCUCUGCAGGUCCUCUGCAAUGGGGAGAUCUCAUUUCCCUCUUUCUUUCUGUUCUCAUGCAGGAUUGCACCUUCUUCACACGAAAGGAGAUCCUCAGGUUGCACGGCCGCUACCACGAACUGGCACCAAACAUGGUUCCCAUGGAUUAUACCAAGAAUCCAGAUGUUAAACUCCCUCUGCAGCUCAUAGAGAACAUGCCAGAACUCAAGGAAAACCCCUUCAGGCAGAGAAUUGUCCACUCUUUCUCGGAGGACCCAGAAGGAAACCUCAGCUUCAAUGACUUUGUCGACAUGUUUUCUGUACUUAGUGAAAUGGCUCCCCGGGAGCUAAAAGCAAUUUAUGCCUUUAAGAUUUACGAUUUUAACACCGACAACUUCAUUUGCAAAUCUGACCUGGAGCAAACUCUGAACAAGUUGACCAAAGAAGAGCUGACCAAGGAGGAGGUCAGCCUGGUCUGCGAGAAGGUCAUCGAAGAAGCGGACAUGGAUGGAGAUGGGAAGCUUGGAUUCUCGGAUUUCGAAAACAUGAUUUCCAAAGCUCCAGAUUUUCUCAGCACCUUCCACAUACGAAUCUGAAAUCCAUGGGGCUGAGCCACUGGAAGCCAGGCUGGCUGACGUGUUCUUGGCUUUCUCCUCCUCUCUUCCUGGAUGCUGCAGCAAAGGACUCAACUGAAUCCUGGCCCAGCAGAUGCAGGACUGUUUUCCAAGAUCUUCGGAAUAUCCCUGGAUGAUUAUUACUAACUUGGUUUUUUUAAAAACAAAAACAAAAACCCAUAAUGGGCCACUCACCUUGUGGGACGUACAGAUGCCAGACUGUUAUUUUUUUAAACUGGACCAGCGAGUCGCCCGUGUGAUUCUCUGUCAUUUUUAUACCUGUCUAUACUAGCCCUCUGUGCAAAAAUCAGACAAAAUCCCAAGGGCAACUUGAAAGAGAUGCGAAUCUCCCCGAAAUGACUUGAUCAAACCGAAGCGCUGGAACUCCUAAGGCAGUGGUUCUCAACCUUUUUAAUGCCGCGACCCCCAACUGGUCAUAAGUCGAGGACUACUCAACCGGUUGUAAGUCGAGGACUACUCAGCUGGUGCAGCACCGUUUGCAGAA